AUGUUGCAAGGACUGAAGACCUUCUCACUUACUUCAGGGUUUUUCCCAAACAUUCAAAAAACUACUGUGGAUUGUUGUGGUAUGCAGGAAGAAGAAAUUCACAGGGUGCUAAAUAUAUCUGGGUUCAAUAGGCAAAAUGUACCUUUCAGAUACCUUGGGGUACCCAAAUGUGCCAAGAGAAUCUCAGCUGAAGAAUGUAAUGACUUAGUGCAGAAAAUGAUAGCAAAGAUCAAAGUGUGGAGUUCCAGGAAUAUUUCCUUUGCGGGUAGAGUGGUUCUCAUCAAUCAUGUGUUGCUCACAAUUCACACAUAUUGGUGUCAACUUCUCAUUCUUCCCAAAAGAAUCAUUGCCGAAAUUGAAAAAAUCUUCAGGAAUAUCCUAUGGAGCCAAGGAGUGGCUAAUGGAGCUAGCAAUGUAGCUUGGGAUUCUUUAUGCAAGUCCAAAUCUGUUGGUGGACUAGGUUUCAAAAACACAGCCAUAUGGAAUGAAGCAGCCCUUUUCAAGCAUGUAUGGUCAAUUGUUACUAAAAAAGACAACCUAUGGAUUAAAUGGGUGCACAGUGUUUAUAUCAAGCAAGGGGAGAGUAUAAAGCUCCCCCAACCAGCAGCUGGAUCUGCUCGAAUAGGUGAAGACAUGGCUUUGCUGGAACAUCAAAGCAACAACUCUGGUGGAGAUAUCAAAGAAAAUCGAGAAGGGGAGACACUCAAAAACCAGAAAACAAGUGUUGUGUUCAGCAGUAGCAGCACUAGUUUAUACUCUAUGGAUUGCUCGAAAUGA